UCUUAAUAUAUAUAAAUCUCCUGUCACGAUGUUUGUCCGCGAUGGACUCCUAAACUACUAAACUGAUUUUAAAUUAAAUUGGCACAACGUGAGCAGUCUGGUCCAACUUAAGAGAUAGGAUAGCUUAGAUCUUUAAUUAUAGUCGCAAUUUUAUUUUAUUGCAAAUUAUUUGUCUAUAAUUAGUUGACAGUCACAAUUAUCUGUUAACUCCAAAAGAUUAUAACAGAUGUCGAUACUUUUCGACUGGAUUGAGUAAGUAAUCAAUAGAUGGCACUGCUAUGUUAAACCGACAAACGUGUCAUAUAAGCUACAAUUCAAUAUCAUGAUUACCACGUGUUAUUGAGGCUAAAGUAUAAAUUAAAUUUAUUUUGUAGUAAACGAAAUACCGUGAAAUUCAAUUAUUUCUACUUUUUUAAUUUUUGGUGUUAGCAUAGCCAACCACGUGUUACUUAGACCGAAGUGUAAAUCAAAUUCAAAUUAUAGUGACGAUAAUACAGUGAAAUUAUUCCUGCUUUUUACUUAUUUGUGCUUCAUUAUUCAAAAUUCUAUAAUUAUAAAAUAUAUACAUUCAAAUGCCACCGAAAAAAUCUAACCUCAACAACGCAAGCACCAGAGAGGCAUGACGCAAACGUGUUAAAAGAGCUCAUCAGUUGGCAGAACAAAUCGAAACAGGAAAUACAGCUCAAAGAAUCAAGACAGCAGAAGGUCGUGCACAAGAACAGCCUGAUGCACGUCUGCAACAGAAUAUUACGGGAACAAGAGCGGCACAAGAACAAAACAUAGCUACAGUACGAGUACAGGAAGGACAAUUUCAAUAUAUACAUAAGAUCAAAAUCAACUACUUCAAUUAAUCAAAAGAGUUUCGCUACGAUUGCAAAAUGACAACUAUCAAAUCGUCAUAAAAGCCGAUAAAGUACCAUUAGGUGAACAUGCUGGUAGAUUCAACGCUCCAACUGUUGAUGAGGUUGCUGUUAUCAUGGUUGGUGAUCCAGUUGACAAAAGAUCUAGAAAAUUACACAGCGAGACAACACUAUCAGUACGAUUUCGGAUCUACACCGUUCAUAUGAUGCACUACAAUAUCCAUUGAUAUUUUGGCAAGGAUAGGAUGAAUAUCACCUUAACAUCAAACAGUGUGAUCCUAAUACCGGUGAUUAUGGAAAUAAAAAAGUGAGCUCAAUGAACUACUACGCACACCGAAUAAUGAUUAGACUAAAUCAGGACAACUAUAUCCUUCGAUAUCGUCAACUAUUCCAUCAAUACAUUGUUGAUAUGUAUGCUAAGGUUGAAAGCGAACGCUUGCGAUUCAUUCGAUUCAACCAGGCUAAAUUACGAUCGGAAGAAUAUAUUCACUCACGAGAUGCUGUUGUUGGAAACAUCGACGGAAAUUUAAAUCCUAAUGACAUCGGUAAUGCUUUCAUUUUACCUUCAAGCUACAUCGGCAGUCCACGGAACAUGCAGGAAUACCUACAAGACGCGAUGACUUACGUACGUCAUUACGGCCGACCGGAUUUGUUUAUUACAUUUACAUGUAAUCCGAAUUGGGAAGAGAUACAAACUUUAUUAUUAUCAGGACAACAAGCAAUUCAUCGUCAUGAUAUAACUGCACGCGUGUUUAAAUAAAAAUUGAAAUCCUUAAUUGAUUUUAUUGUUAAAUAUUCAAUUUUCGGUAUCACACGUUGUUGGCUGUAUACAAUUGAGUGGCAAAAGCGAGGUUUGCCUCAUGCCCACAUUUUGAUUUGGCUAGAAGAUAAAAUCUGUCCAGAAGAAAUUGAUCAAAUAAUUUCAGCCAAAAUUCCAGACCCAUUAAUUGAUCCAGAAUUAUUUGAUGUUGUCACUAAACACAAGAUCCAUGGGCCAUGCGGUGCUUUUAACAUCACGUCACCAUGCAUGGAAAAUGGAAAAUGUAAGAAAAAUUUCCCAAAGCCGCAUACGAAUGACACUAUCACGGAUAUUGAUGGUUAUCCUAUAUAUCGCCGCAGAAAUACUGAGAAUGGUGGCCACACAUUUACAAUGUGACUGCCGAAUUAUUCAAAUCAAGCAGAAUUUGAUAAUCAGUGGGUGGUACCAUAUUCACCAUUACUUUCAAAAACUUAUAAAGCUCGUAUCAACGUUGAGCUUUGCAGUUCUGUAAAAUCAAUUAAGUAUAUUUGUAAAUAUUUAAACAAAGGCAGUGAUUUGGCCAUAUUUGAAGUACAAAAUAUAAAUAAAAAUGACGAAAUAGCACGAUACCAAAUGGGUAGAUACAUUAGCAGCAACGAAGCUAUUUGGCAUAUUCUCAGCUUUCCCAUACACGAAAGAGAUCUUUCUGUCCAGCAUCUAGCAAUACAUCUUGAAAACGGUCAACGUGUAUACUUCACUGAAGAAGAUCUUCUCCAAAGAGCGUUCGAGGCCCCAAAAACGACACUAACUGAAUUUUUUACAUUGUGUCAAAGAUUUGAUAUUUUUGGCCGAUUCGCAAAGACAUUGCUAUAUGGUGAUGUUCCUCUUUAUUUCACAUGGAACAAAUCCAGUAAAAAAUGGGAACCACGAAAACAAGGAAAACGACAUCCUUCCAUUCCAGGCAUAUUCAAAGCUAAGACAUUGGGGCGACUUUACACAGUACACCCAAAGCAACGUGAGUGCUUCUAUUUACGUUUGUUAUUGGUGAAUGUGCCUGGACCAACGUCUUUUGAAUUUCUGCGAACAGUUAAUGUUCGAGUAUUCAAUACAUACCAAGAUGCAUGUCGUGAACUGAAAUUGCUAGAAGACGAUAACCAUUGGGACUUAGCGCUUGCUGAUGCUGCGUUGACAUCAAUGCCCAAUAACAUUCGUCAGCUGUUUGCAAUUAUUUUGACGACGUGUUAUCCAUCGCAAGCACAAACUUUGUGGGAAAAAUAUAAAAAUUGCAUGACAGAAGACAUAUUGCACCGAAUUAGACAAACAGAUCAAUGCCAAAACAUAAAUUAUACGCCAGAGAUGUAUAAUGAAGCAUUGGUGUUGAUCGAGGAUUUAUGUGUUCUAAUCUCAAAUUUACCACUUAAUCAUUAUGGUAUGCCAUCACCUAAUCGCUCAGCUACUGACUUAGUCAAUACCGAUUUACAACGAGAACAACAAUAUGACCAUGGAAAUUUAGCCACGAUUAUCACGAACAGUGAGCCAUUACUAGUUGCAGGGAAGUUGCAGGGAUGGCCUUCAGGGUCAACCGUUUUUCUAACUUUUUUUUCUAUUUGUUAUUUGUAUAGUUAUUUGCAUAUUUGCUAGAGAUGUCUGUCGUUUUUCAAGGACUUUUUUUUUAUGAAUCCUCUUUUAUAAGUCAAUUUUUUAGACAUUGUAAUUAUAUUUCCGAAUAAAUGUAUGUAAAUAAAUAAAUAAACGCAUGUAUCAAAACAGAGGUUAGUCUACAGCUAGUCCAAAACACUACAGUAUAACCACUAUAAAAUAUCUUAUCGCUCACGCAGUGUUGCCAGACUUUUCAAACGAUCAGUUUCUCGUUCGUGAGUGGCUGAAAUAAGUACAUAAACAGCAAAAAAUUUUAGGCUUGUCAAUAACGACUAUCCGGUAUGUGUACCGUACACUCUAGCAUAAACUUUUGACGACGGAAGUCGCGAGGGUAAUACCUUAAGUACUGGGUACUUUACCUUAGAAUAACAGAUUGAUUUAGUGACAUAACAAACUGAUUUGUUAUUACGACUUGACUAAUGUUUGUUAAGGUAACUAAUAGAUUUGCUGCUAUAAAUAUCCUCAUUUGAGGAACAAAAUCGUUUAAAUGUGUAUGAUUGUAACUGUCUUGCUAUUGACCUUCAAAGCUUCUGGGGCUUCCUUAAGAGGAUCAGUGAUGCAAUGAUGAUAUAAUAUAAUAUAAUAAAGCUUACCCUCCUUCAAUAACUUACUCUGGUGAUCUUUUU